AUGGAUAAGGUAAAGGUAGUAAUAGCUACGACUACUACAACUGCUGCAGAUGUGGCCAAUGCCUACUGGUCAUUUGAUAAUAAUGCACUUGAACUGUAUAAUAGUGAUUUGAAUGGUGCUCUUUCCGGUAGUCCAACCUAUGUAACUGGUUUUAAUCAAUAUGGCAAAGCCAUCUCUUUAACUCGAUCCUCUACUCAAUAUGUUUAUAUUACACCAACGGUACUUCCAUUCAAUUCGCGUAGUUUCACAAUCGAAGCAUGGAUCUAUCCUAUUAGUUUUUCGAGUAGCACUGAAUAUGGAAUAUUCGGUCAAUGUCAAUCGACUAGUACUAAUUUAUGUUUACACUUCGCAGUUCGAAGCAACAAGUUAUUUUGUGGAUUUUAUAGCAAUGAUGUACCGGGGAGUACCACUGUAACGACGAAUCAAUGGAUCCAUGUAGCUUGUGUAUAUGAUUCGACUACGAUGACGCAACAAGUGUGGCUUGAUGGUAAUCUUGAUGGUUCACAUUCUGCCAGUGCCUACAGUGGCCUAUGGGGAAUAACAACUAUUGGUGCCACUUUUGAAUUAGGUAGUGCAGCUGCAUUCAACGGUUACAUAGACAACGUACGAUAUGAGUCUAGAGCCAAGAAUUCGACUGAAAUUAAGAACGACGCUACUCUAGAAGCGUACUAUUCGUUUGAUGGUGGUUCACUUAUAGACGGUGGUCCCAAUGGUGUCAAUGGUACUGCUUAUGGAAGUCUAUCAACUACAACUGGUCGAGUUAAUCAAGCAAUUCAAUUUAACUCGGCACCCUAUAUAAGCUACUCGUAUUAUCCAUUCUACUUUUUGGGCAUUAGCGGUCAGCCAUACACUAUGGCUUUGUGGGCAAAACCAACAGGAAGUUAUACGCAACAAACACUUGUUUUCGUAGGAAGGUCAUCUGGUUGGUGUGUUCACUUUUUGGUAAUGACGUCGAGUGGACAGUUAACUGCGAUUAGUUGGAGUGGUAGUAAUAAUGUAGUUGUAAAUGGUCCUAUCCUUACAUUAAACACUUGGACACAUAUUGGCUAUACUUAUAGUUCAACCAAUGGUAUGCGAUUGUAUAUCAAUGGUAACCAAUACUCGACAAGUGGAGUUUUUACGUUUUCGGCCUCUACUGUUCCGAUGCCUAUCAUAAUAGGUGGAGAUGGUGGUCAUACCACAACCUGCACUCCUCUGUAUGGGGGUGUAUUUACUGGUGCCUUAGAUGAAUUUUAUCUGUAUAGACGAGAGUUAACAGCGGCUGAGAUAUGGUCGCUGGCCAAUCCUUAA